CCGAAACGAGGCGUCACUCUUGGAGUGUUUCCAUAGACAGCAGCCCGUUUGGUCCUCAUUCAGACGCAUCAAAGAUCAAAGCAAGGUGUGCCGCUGACUGACUGACCUCUCGCCAUGUUUGCUCACAGUGCGCUGUGCGUGUGUGUGUUGUUGGCGGUGUGUGUGUUGCGCGGGAGCCUGUCCGAGUCGCAGAGUCAGACUCAGUCGUACGGUGAGCGGGGUUCUGACCUGGGGCUGCAGGUGUUUUUGCGCGUGGCCCAGGAGAAAGCCAACGAAAACGUGGUGCUGUCCCCCCACGGCGUGGCCUCCAUCCUGGGCAUGCUUCUCCCCGGCACUCACGGGGAGACGAAGCGACAGAUCCUCUCCGGCCUGCGUUACAAAAAGAACGGUCCGUAUAAGAUGUUAAAGAAGCUUCAUAAGACUCUGACGAGUAAAUCGAACGCGGACAUUGUCACCAUAGCCAACUCGCUGUUUCCUCAGCUGGGCUUUAGUAUGAAGGAGGACUUCCUGUCUACCAACAGGGAGAACUUCAUGUGUGAGACCUAUCCCACAGACUACAGCAACCCUCAGCAUGCAGCCCACGCCAUCAACGAGUGGGUCAGAAACAACACCAAGGGCCACAUCCCCAGCCUGGUUCAGGCAGACAUGUUGGACCCGGCUCUGACCCGGCUGGUGGCCGUGAAUGCCAUCUAUUUUAAGGGACUGUGGAAGUCCAGAUUCCAGCCCCAGAACACAAAACCCAGGACCUUUACGCCUGCUGACGGAAAACCUUACAAAGUGCCCACGAUGUCACAGCUGUCCGUCUUUAACAUCGGUUUGGCAAGCACUCCAGAGGGACUGAAGUAUAAAGUUAUUGAGCUUCCAUAUAACGGCAACAGUAUGAGCAUGCUCAUUGCGUUGCCCUCCGAGGAGACCACGCCCCUGGCCAACAUCUUACCUCACAUCUCCACGGCAACGGUGCAGAGCUGGUCCAAGCUACUGCACCAGAGAAAGAUCCGCCUCCUUUUGCCAAAGUUUACUAUCGAGGCUGAAGUGGAUCUGAAGGGUCCGUUGGGCCGGAUGGGAAUAACACACAUCUUCAAUGAGAGCCAGGCUGACUUCAGACAUAUGAGUACAGAACCAGUAUAUGUGUCCAAGGCUCUGCAGAAAGCCAAGAUAGAGGUCAAUGAGGAUGGUACUAAAGCAGCCGCAGCAACCACGGCGAUAAUGUUGGCCAGGUCCUCUCCUCCGUGGGUGACUGUAGACAGACCAUUCCUCUUCCUCAUUAGACACAGUCCCACAGGGACCAUUCUGUUUGUGGGCCAGAUCAAUAAACCUUGAGGUGCCAAACAAAGAAGAGAACCAUUGAAUUGUGUCUUCCCUGCUUUUCUCACACACACAC